UGUUCCUCUGAGGUCUUUUGGCUCUCGGAGAGCAGAGCCGCACUCGUGCUGGCAGUCGCGCUCGUGGUAAUGCUGCUCGCUGUCCCCUGGAGGCUGGCCAGCCGUGGGCAGCCUUUCUGUACGGGCUUUGAGACAAGUCGGUACAAAACGACAUGCAACACUCGUCUCUGCUUCUCACUCCUCUUUACUGCCUGCUAAACCUGAAAAAGCAGCUUUGUCUCCUGCCAUCUUGCGCGUUUCUGCUGGUUUUAUUGUUGCCUGAAUUGUUGCUGUUCUCCCUCUCCUUUUCUUCUCUCUGUAAAACCAUGGCCCAUCGGCUGCGGUUUCACUUUGGCUCUGGGCGAAGCAACACAGCCCCUGAAUCAGAGAUCCUGGACCGGGAGAGAGAAGAUGACUUUUUCAUGGCAUUCCAUACUUUGCCAAGAAGAAACAGUCCUCACGCUUUCUCCCGACAUGGAGCGGAUUAUGGAGGGGGUGACAAUCUGCAAGAAGUGAGCUCCUUAAAAAGGAGUACAUCCAUGUUUAUUCCCCAGCUGCUGAACAGCAUUGAUGUGCGCCCCACGAGAAGCUCGUCCAUGCAGAUCUCUCUUCAGCGCAAAGCUGUGAAUGGCUGUGCAGACAAGUGUGCAACCCUGGAAUCUCCCGAGGAAACGCUUCCUUGUGAAUUCUCAGGCUUGAGGGAGCACUCUGCACCCCCUGUUGAAAACCAUUCUUCUCCUCUGGGUGCUUCAGAGGUGACUCCUGAAAAUUCUCCACCCAGGCUGACAGAAGAAUUAGGGCAACAGGUUAAUGGAACUACUUGCUGUAAUCACAGAGUAUUUUGUGCUAUUCCUUCUAAUAACCAGGGUAAGGAUGCUUCAUCAACUGCCCAAGAAGAUGAGGCAAAUGAAGCACCUUCAGGCUUAAACAUAAGUGGUGUGAGGAUUCAGCAUCGGGCUUCAAGUGCAGACGUGCCUCAGGUUACUCUGCUGCCCUUCAGCUCUGAAGCUCCAAAUAACGCUCCCACCCCCGAACCCCGGCGUUGGUCUUUGCAACAUGUGCCGUAUAUGUCAGCAAAUUCAGGGAAGAAGUUCUUUGUGCUCCAGUUGCAGCAGCCACAAUCAAGUGGUACAGGUGCAGGAGGUGAAUAUAACUUUGGCUUUACUGGAACAAAAGGGGACAGGUUGGUCAGGUAUCCUCGGAUACGGCUAGAAAGGAGUACUUCCUACCCCGUCCAGCCACCAGCAGAAGAAAUGGGCUCCACAGAUGGAUUGAAUUCAGAACUGCAUGGAAAUGGCAGGAAUGGGUCUAGAAGCAAUUCAGUAGAGCGGGUUCCUCAGGGGCAGGGAUGCUUGUUUAAAAUCAGACCAGAUCAAAACACGAGGCAGCAGCACUUCAGAAUUCUUGUCACUCGUGGUCCUGAAGAACAGAACCAAGUUGUUGGUAAAGAGGGUCGUGGCACCGCUGGUCCUGCAGCAGCCAGCCCCACAACUAGAGACGACUUCCUGGGCCAAGUGGAUGUGCCACUCAGUCACCUCCCGACUGAAGACCCAGCCAUGGAAAGGCCAUACACAUUUAAGGAUUUCCUUCUGAGACCAAGAAGCCACAAAUCUCGUGUAAAGGGUUUCUUGAGACUAAAGAUGGCUUACAUGCCUAAAAAUGGUGGGCAAGAGGAAGACAACAGUGAUCAAAGGGAUGACUCUGAGCACGGGUGGGAUGUGGUUGAUUCCAAUGACUCUGCGUCUCAACGUCAGGAGGAGUUACCACCUCCUCCACUGCCCCCUGGGUGGGAAGAAAAGGUGGACAACCUGGGAAGGACUUACUAUGUCAACCACAACAACAGGACCACUCAGUGGCACCGACCCAGCCUGAUCGAUGUGGGCUCGGACUCAGAUAACAACAUCAGACAGAUAAACCAGGAGGCAGCCCACAGGAGGUUCCGCUCCCGCAGACACAUCAGUGAGGAUCUGGAACCAGAGCCAACAGAGACUGGAGACAUUCCUGAGCCGUGGGAAACCAUUUCAGAGGAGGCAAGUGCAAGUGGAGAUUCCUUGAGCUUGUCGUUGCCACCUCCUCCUGCCUCUCCGGUGUCCCGCACCAGUCCUCAGGAGCUGUCUGAGGAGCUGAGCAGAAGACUUCAGAUCACUCCAGAUUCCAACGGGGAACAACUCGGUUCUUUGGUUCAAAGAGACCCUUCUUCAAGAUUAAGGUCUUGCAGUGUCACAGACGCAGUUGCUGAGCAGUCUCAACUAUCUCUGCAGAGUGGUCCAUCUAGGAGAGCUCGUUCUUCAACUGUGACAGGUGGUGAGGAGCCAACGCCUUCAGUGGCCUAUGUCCACACCACCCCGGGCCUGCCCUCGGGCUGGGAGGAGAGGAAGGACGCCAAGGGCCGGACGUACUACGUGAACCACAACAACCGAACCACAACCUGGACACGGCCCAUCAUGCAGCUUGCAGAAGAUGGCAUGGUUGGGACAACAGCAAACAGCAGCAACCACCUAAGUGAGCCCCAGAUAAGGCGGCCUCGAAGCCUCAGUUCACCCACAGUGACUUUGUCUGCUCCACUAGAGGGCAUGAAGGACUCCCCGGUGCGCAGGGCGGUGAAGGACACGCUGUCCAACCCCCAGUCCCCCCAGCCCUCACCCUACAACUCCCCCAAGCCCCAGCACAAGGUGGCCCAGAGCUUCCUGCCGCCCGGCUGGGAGAUGCGGAUCGCGCCCAACGGCCGCCCCUUCUUCAUCGACCACAACACGAAAACCACCACCUGGGAGGAUCCACGACUGAAAUUUCCAGUGCAUUUGAGAUCAAAAGCAUCUCUGAACCCUAAUGAUUUGGGCCCUCUUCCUCCUGGUUGGGAGGAAAGAAUACACUUGGAUGGAAGGACGUUUUAUAUAGACCAUAGAAGCCAGGUGUUGAUAUGUGGAGACAUUGAUACCAGAGACUUAGUGCCCUCGUACGAUAAUAAAAUUACCCAGUGGGAAGACCCCAGACUGCAGAACCCGGCAAUUACUGGUCCAGCAGUUCCAUAUUCCAGGGAGUUCAAGCAGAAAUACGACUAUUUCCGGAAGAAGUUAAAGAAACCAGCUGAUAUACCGAACAGAUUUGAGAUGAAGCUACACAGAAAUAAUAUUUUUGAGGAGUCCUACAGAAGAAUCAUGUCUGUGAAGAGACCUGAUGUACUAAAAGCCAGGCUCUGGAUUGAAUUUGAGUCAGAAAAAGGACUCGACUAUGGAGGUGUGGCCAGAGAAUGGUUUUUUCUCUUGUCCAAGGAGAUGUUUAAUCCCUAUUAUGGUCUCUUUGAAUAUUCAGCAACGGACAACUACACACUUCAGAUUAAUCCUAAUUCAGGUCUUUGUAAUGAAGAUCACUUGUCGUAUUUCACGUUCAUCGGCCGGGUGGCGGGCCUGGCCGUGUACCACGGGAAGCUGCUGGAUGGCUUCUUCAUUAGACCUUUUUACAAGAUGAUGCUGGGGAAACCAAUAACUCUGAAAGACAUGGAGUCAGUGGAUAGUGAAUACUACAACUCCUUGAAGUGGAUCCUGGAAAACGAUCCUACAGAGCUGGAUCUCAUGUUUUGCAUAGAUGAGGAAAACUUUGGACAGACAUACCAAGUGGACCUGAAGCCAAACGGGUCGGAAAUCAUGGUGACCAACGAGAACAAGAGGGAGUACAUCGACCUGGUCAUCCAGUGGAGGUUUGUAAACAGAGUUCAGAAACAAAUGAAUGCCUUUUUGGAGGGAUUCACAGAACUUCUUCCUAUUGAUCUGAUCAAAAUUUUUGAUGAAAACGAACUAGAGUUACUGAUGUGUGGCCUUGGCGACGUUGAUGUGAAUGACUGGAGACAACAUACAAUCUACAAAAAUGGUUACUGCCCAAAUCAUCCCGUUAUCCAGUGGUUUUGGAAGGCCGUGCUGCUGAUGGACGCGGAGAAGCGCAUCCGGCUGCUGCAGUUCGUGACCGGGACGUCGCGGGUGCCCAUGAACGGGUUUGCGGAACUGUACGGUUCCAAUGGGCCUCAGCUGUUUACAAUAGAGCAAUGGGGAAGUCCUGAUAAACUGCCCAGAGCUCACACGUGCUUUAAUCGCCUAGACUUACCUCUUUAUGAAUCCUUUGAAGAUCUGCGGGAGAAGCUCCUCAUGGCAGUAGAAAACGCUCAGGGCUUUGAAGGGGUGGAUUAAGGCCCUUCCCCCGCCGGUCCCGCCGCUCGGCUGCGGUUGCCCCGCGCUGGCAGCGCCUCUGGCCGCGCCUCUGGCCGCGCUUGGGCUGACGGAGCGACCCUGCGGCUGCUGCGACCCCAGCUCGGAACUGCCACCCCGGGGGCUCUUCCACGUUCCCACGGCAGGUCACCAACUGCUUCACACGGACUGAUCACAUUUCAGCAGGACUUACUCUAUUUAUGUUGUGCCUCUGUAGGCAAAGACCUUAAUAAAUAUUUUACAUAAUUUCUAAUGACAAUGAAUGGAAUUAAUCAUUUUACAGGUAUAGUAUUACAACUCAUGUUUACUUUUUGAUUUAGACAUUUUCAGAUUUUCAUUACAAUUAAAUAUCAUAUACUUGGAAAAAUGAGCAUUUUUCUUAAUUUCACACUAGACUUGAUGCCAGAGUCAUUUUUCUCAAAGCACAUUUUGAGCCUUUUGUUCCCAAACCACUAGGAAAGUAGGAGAAAGCUCUGUUGGAAAUUUGCUCAACACAGGCUGGAUUAUCAAGAGCAAAUCUUUUCAUGGAGCACAUAAAUAUUUUUCUGUAUCCAGAAGUAAAGACUGGAUGUUGCAUUUUUGUAUAAUAUUAGAAUAGUUACAAGUCAAAGGAGAAUCAUAACUUAGCAUGCCAAAUCUCAUGUUCAAUAAAGAAAUUGCCUCAUUAUUGGUAAUAUUUACGUGUACUACAAAGCAUUUUGGGGUAGGGUUGGCAUUAAUCAUUUUAGGAAAAUAUGCUUAACCCUGUCAUUAUCUUUGUAUAGUGAUUCUUUUAUUAUCCUUUACUCUUUACUGGUUGCAGUAGAGCCAUUUUGAAUGAAACCUGGCACUAUGUGAUCUGGCACUAUAGCAAACAGGUCCGUUUUGUCUCCUAUUUGUAUGCAUUUGCUAACGAUAUCUAAACAACAAUGGGGUUUUUUUGUUUGUUUCUAAAUGCACCAACUCUAAAGGCACUUUAUGUAACACAUGGGAGUCAUAUCUGGUUUUUUAUCAUAAACUUUAAUGUGAUUAUAUUCCUUCUCACUGCACAUGUCUUUCUGGUGCAAUAUCUAUCAAUUGUGAAUUUGGCUGCUGCUGAUGUAUAAAAGAAAAAAAAGAAACAGAACAGAUGUAGAGCUGAGCCUGCAGACAUGUUCCUCAGCAAUUGUUUUUGUGAUUUAUUUUUUUUUUACUUAAUCACAAAGAUUUAUUUAAUAUAUACUAUCUAAUCAAUUUUGUUAUCUAUGACAUGUUGCAUGCUUAAACUAUAAUGUCUGAGUUGCAUCUCUUUCGUGACAGAUUAGAAGUGAAAGAUUUGUAUUUGAUCCACUAAAGGUACACGGUUACAGUCCUGCCAGGGUAGGUUUGAGCAAUUUAAUGUUCAGUUCCCCAGGUUGUGCCCACCUACUUACCUGGAGAGGCUUUUCCUCAGGACCCCUGUGGUGCUCCUGCAGCAGGGUGACACCAGAUGUGGGAAUACAGCUUGUGUGGCCCUUACCUCUGCCCAGCAGCACAGGCAGUGCAGCCUGCAUCCCAGAAUGAGCAGCUGUCCUGCAGAACCUUGAACACCCUAAGGUGGGAAAGGAGGCCUAGUGCUAGGAACGUUCAGCAAAAAAAGUCUGACCAAGCUAACAUGAGGAAGGUUUUGUUACCUGAACAAAGCUCUGGAUUCAUAUGUUUUCUGACAUUCCUUUCUGACCCUUUAAAUUUGAUGAGUGAGCUUGACCAUGAGAAAGUGGACUGUGUGUGAGAUGAUAGAGAAGCAUCCCCUGCCUGUUCUGCUGUGAGGACCCAGCCCCGCAGCAGUAGAACUGUCCUUCUGGUGCUGUCUGCAUGUAACCCAGUGUCAGUGCCCACGGGGGAGCAAGACCACUAAAUCCUCCAUUAUGGUGCCAGAUGCCCUCUGGCCAGCCAGGGCCAUCAGCCCCUGCUAAAAUGUACCACACUCCUGCAACUCAGGUUUUAUGGUUGGUGGCUGUUGAUGGUAAACCCUGCAGCAGAUACACUCCUCUUGUCAGCCAGAAAGUUAAGCUCUUCCAUACUGUGACAGAACCCAGGAAGUUACCUUCAGUUUUGCAAUAAACAAUGAGGCAAAGUGAGCAGCUUCAGCUGUACAAAGCAGCAGCUGCAGAGGAACCGGGUGUUUUGCAGGGGCCUUUGAACACAAAGCUGUAGCCCUACCACUGAGUACCUGAGCUGGCUUCCAGACUUGCAUUAUAGGAGUUCUGGACCUCCUGAAUGAAGCUACAUAUGAAGGAAUCAUUCUAGGAAAAAAGGUGGCUAAUUGUGAUUUACUUAAGACAGCUACCACACAGAGCACAAAUGCUCCAGAGACUCAUCUCAGAGUCUUGUGCCUUUAACAGUACACUCUUGUAUGCUGACAGCUCAGCCUGGUCACCACACAUGGCCCAACAGCAUUUGAAAAUGUUCUCUUCUUCAACUAUUUUUUUGCUUUUGUUAAUAAGUUUAAAUUAUAAAGGUGGUACUUAAACCAUCACUUGUCUGCUCUUCAGAAGCCUUAAGGCCAAUAAUUCAUAACCACUUAAGUCACAGCAAUCUGCAGCUGUCAGCUCCUGUUCAGACUGGGGCUCCCAGCUCUGUGCCAUGUCAGGCUGCAGCCUGUGUAGCACCUGCAAGUGCUGCUUUUUGUCCUCUGCUCCAAUAGUAAAAAAAAAGCCAACUUACCCCAAGAUUGAUCUUGCUGUUGUGUCUGUCAUGCUGACCUCUCCCUCUGCGAAGUCGGAGUGGAAGGCUCAGGAGUGCCAAGAGUGCUGUGAAGUGAACAGAAGAUGCUGCUGUAAGCAAAGGCCCCAGGCAGCCCAUCCCAUGCCCAGCCCCAUCAUCACAGCAUCUGCUGCCUGGGCUCAGGGGGCAGCACAGCUCAUGACAGCACAGGGCCAGGAGCUGAGAAGACAAACAGCCAAGGAGGGGAAGCUGGAGCCUUAGACUACACUUUCAGAGUUAAAAAUAAGUGAUCAGAACCAUGUGAUUGCCAGGGCCAAUUAUCAGUAAGCGCAGUAGAAAAAUGUAGAUUACCAGAUGGGACAGCUUAAAAUGUAUCUUUUCUUCUCUAAUAAAACUCGUCCUUUUGUGUGUAAAACAACAAAGCCAAUAAACCCUGCAGUCUUCACCCAUCUGUUAAGACAUUACACUAAGGGAUGCACAUCUGAAGGCCCCUGGGGCUGUGCAGUAGACACUGGCAGCACAACCCACACUUCCCACUUGUCCCUGCACACCUCCAACAGUCUGUGUCCACCUUGACCCUGUGCUUACUUGGUGGGUUUUGUGCUUUUCUGUAUUACUAUGACAGAGACCUUGCCUUUUUUUGUCCCCCUUUAAUUUUUUAAUAUGCAGCUGUAAAGACACACACAAAGCGUGCAGCUACACACAAUGGUCCGUGUUCCAUUUCUUUCCUUUAACCUGUUGUGUUGGAUCUGAAGCAGUGAGUUUGUCACCACCACACAGCAGUGAACAGGCUGUGGUUCUCAAGACCCAAAUGGAAAACUCCUGACUAUUAUAUUUGUGUUCAGUGGCUGUGAACAUAAAUUCUAAACAAAAUUUAAAACUGAGAUUAUUCAUAUUUGCAAACAUGCAAAAAUGUCAAACAUUCCAGAUCAAAUUCACACUUUAUAUUUUUUUAAUGAGUCACCUCAUACUAGAAGGCUAUUCAAAAUUAUGCUAAACUACCUUAACAUUUAUUUUUAAAGUACUACUUAUAAGUAAUGCUCAUUUUCACAAUUAAUGCAGCUUUAAAGCAGUUGAAUUUGAUACACUGUGGGGAAAGGAUUUGUUUAUGGACAAAGUAGUUUUUUCCAUUUAUUUUCUGAGAAGCAGUGAAAGAAAUUGUAGCUUGUUUUCCUGACAGCAAAAGCUCAAUGUGACAAAAUGAAGUUGUUGUAAUGAAAUGAUGCAACUUAAUUAAGUAUUUAAUAAAGAAUUAUGGAAGCUACAGCAUUUUAUACUUCAAAUAUAUUUGUUGUCUAACUGAA